AUAAGUCAAAAUGGGUAUGUAUUGAGAGAUAAAAUUGCAUCAUCCAUCAAGCCAAAGUGGUCUGCUAGAUGGAUGUAUAAUCAAAAGAAGAAAAACUAACAACUUUUUUUUUUGCUCAUUCUCAUUUUCAUUCAAUGACAUUUAGUUAAUUUCACAAUUGAAGAAAUCCGUGGUUUGAUGGACAAGGUUACCAACGUUCGUAACAUGUCCGUUAUUGCUCACGUCGAUCACGGUAAGUCUACCUUGACCGAUUCCUUGGUUUCCAAGGCCGGUAUUAUUUCUUCCGGUCGUGCUGGUGAAGCCCGUUUCAUGGAUACCCGUAAGGAUGAACAAGAACGUGGUAUUACUAUCAAGUCCACUGCUAUUUCCAUGUAUUUCCAAAUGGCUAACCCCGAUGACAUUAACGAAAUCAAGGGUCAAAAGACCAAUGGUUCCGCUUUCUUGAUUAACUUGAUCGAUUCCCCAGGCCAUGUGGAUUUCUCUUCUGAAGUUACCGCCGCCCUUCGUGUUACCGAUGGUGCCCUUGUCGUUGUUGAUUGUAUUGAUGGUGUCUGUGUCCAAACCGAAACUGUCUUGCGUCAAGCUUUGAACGAACGUAUUAAGCCCGUUAUCUGUCUUAACAAGAUGGAUCGUGCUCUUCUCGAACUCCAAUUGGAUAAGGAAGAACUUUACAACUCUUUCGCUCGUACCAUCGAGUCCGUUAACGUUAUCAUCUCCACUUAUGUUGAUGAAGCUCUCGGUGAUUGUCAAGUCUACCCCGAAAAGGGUACCGUUGCUUUUGCUUCCGGUCUUCACGGUUGGGGUUUCACUCUCCGUCAAUUCGCUAUCCGUUAUGCCAAGAAGUUUGGUGUUGAUAAGGAGAAGAUGAUGGGUAAGCUUUGGGGUGAAAACUACUUCAACCCUAAGACCAAGAAGUGGACCACCAAGUCUACUGAUGCUGAGGGUAAGAACCUCGAGCGUGCUUUCAACAUGUUCAUCUUGGAUCCUAUCUACCGUGUCUUUGAUUCCAUCAUGAACUUCAAGAAGGACCAAACCAAGGUUCUCCUCGAAAAGUUGGAGGUCAACCUUGCUGGUGACGAAAAGGAUUUGGAAGGUAAGGCCCUUCUUAAGGUCGUUAUGCGUAAGUUCUUGCCUGCUGGUGAUGCUCUUUUGGAGAUGAUCUGUAUCCAUCUUCCUUCUCCCGUUACCUCUCAAGCCUACCGUUGUUCUCAAUUGUACGAAGGUCCCACUGAUGAUGAGUGUGCCAUCGGUAUCCGUGCUUGUGAUCCUAACGGUCCUCUUAUGUUGUAUGUCUCCAAGAUGGUUCCCACCUCCGAUAAGGGUCGUUUCUACGCUUUCGGUCGUGUCUUCUCCGGUACCGUUCGUGCUGGUAUGAAGGUCAGAAUCCAAGGUCCCAACUACGUUCCCGGUUCCAAGACUGAUCUUGCUGUCAAGUCUAUCCAACGUACUGUUCUCAUGAUGGGACGUAACGUCGAAGCCAUUGAGGAUUGUCCCGCUGGUAACAUUAUCGGUCUUGUCGGUGUUGAUCAAUUCUUGGUCAAGUCUGGUACCAUCACCACCUCCGAAGUUGCUCACAACAUGAAGGUCAUGAAGUUCUCCGUCUCCCCUGUCGUCCAAGUUGCCGUUGAGGUUAAGAACGCUAACGAUCUCCCCAAGCUCGUUGAAGGUCUUAAGCGUCUUGCCAAGUCCGAUCCUUGUGUCUUGUGUUUCACCAACGAAUCUGGUGAACAUAUUGUUGCCGGUGCUGGUGAACUCCAUCUUGAAAUUUGUUUGAAGGAUCUCGAGGAGGAUCACGCUCAAGUUCCCCUCAAGACUGGUGACCCCGUUGUCCAAUACCGUGAAACCGUCACUGCUGAAUCCACCAUUGACUGUCUCUCCAAGUCCCCUAACAAGCAUAACCGUAUCUACAUGCGUGCCACUCCUCUUAACGAUGAACUCGCUGAUGAAAUCGAAGCUGGUAAGAUCUCUUCCAAGGAUGAUUUCAAGCUCCGUGCUCGUGUCUUAGCCGAUAAGUACGAAUGGGAUGUCACUGAAGCUCGUAAGAUCUGGUGUUUCGGUCCCGAUGGUACUGGUCCUAACGUCCUUGUUGAUAUCACCAAGCAAGUCCAAUACCUCGGUGAAAUCAAGGAUUCUUGUGUUGCCGCUUUCCAAUGGGCCACCAAGGAAGGACCUGUUGCCGAAGAAAGUUUGAGAGGUUGUCGUUUCAACAUCCUCGAUGUCACUCUUCAUGCUGAUGCUAUCCAUCGUGGUGGUGGACAAAUUAUCCCCACUUGUCGUCGUGUCAUGUACGCCUCUGUCUUGACCGCUACCCCCGGUAUCCAAGAACCCGUCUACCUCGUCGAAAUCCAAUGUCCCGAUUCUGCUAUUGGUGGUAUUUACUCUUGUCUUAACAGACGUCGUGGUCAAGUCUUCUCUGAAGAACAAAAGGUUGGUACCCCCAUGAUGGCCGUCAAGGCUUACUUGCCCGUCAACGAAUCUUUCGGUUUCACUGCUGAUCUUCGUGCCGCUACCGGUGGUCAAGCUUUCCCUCAAGCUGUCUUCGAUCAUUGGCAAAUCAUGCCCGGAAACCCUACCGAAGCCGGUAACAAGGUUUACGAUAUCAUCCGUACUGUCCGUAAGAGAAAGGGUCUCGUUGAAGAUAUUCCCGGUCUUGAUAAGUACUACGAUAAGCUUUAAAUUAUCUUUUAAAAGGCUUAUUGUAAAGAAAAAGUGGGAUAGCUUUAAAUCUAUUGCCAUUUUGUUGUAUCCAAAUUAUUAAAUAAAUAAAAACCAAAAAGGAUUAUAUACAUAUAAAAA